GAACUGUAAGAGAGCUCAGCGCAGGGGAAGAACGAUGCAGACCCUCACGAGGCAAUUAGGGCACCAAUAUCUGAAUCGAUCUCCACCUUCACUUUCAGCUCUCAAGUCUCUCUGUCCAAUCUCCGAUCAAUGCUAUGGAGUUCAAACUCCGCGUUACACAUCUACCCUCGCCACCAAAGGUGUUGGGCAUCUAGUUCGCAAGGGAACUGGGGGAAGAUCGUCUGUGAGUGGAAUUAUUGCAGCAGUCUUUGGAGCUACGGGGUUUCUUGGGCGCUACCUUGUGCAACAGCUUGCUAAAAUGGGUUCUCAAGUUUUGGUACCUUUCCGAGGUUCUGAGGAUUGUCAUCGUCAUCUCAAGUUAAUGGGUGAUUUGGGCCAGAUUGUUCCAAUGAAAUACAACCCUAGAGAUGAAAAUUCAAUAAAAGCAGUGAUGGCAAAAGCUAAUAUAUCCAAAGAACAUGGAGGAAUCUUGAGAUUUAUACAGAUUUCAUGUUUGGGUGCAUCUCCAACAUCCCCAUCCAGAAUGCUUCGAGCUAAAGCUGCAGCUGAGGAAGCCAUUUUACGUGAAAUUCCUGAGGCAACAAUAUUGAAGCCAGCUGUGAUGAUUGGUACUGAGGAUAGAAUUCUAAAUCCUUGGGCACAUUUCGCAAAGAAGUAUAGCUUUAUCCCGUUAUUUGGAGAUGGCUCUACAAAAAUCCAACCUGUAUAUGUUGCUGAUGUUGCAUCUGCAGUUGUUGCAUCACUGAAGGAUGACGGUACCAGCAUGGGAAAAGUAUAUGAACUCGGUGGGCCUGAUAUUUUCACUGUACACGAUUUGGCAGAGCUGAUGUAUGACAUGAUCCGCGAAUGGCCUCGCUAUGUUAAGGUCCCUUUCCCCAUUGCCAAGGCGAUUGCCACUCCUCGAGAAUUACUGCUCAACAAAGUUCCCUUUCCCUUGCCAACUCCUUCAAUAUUUAACCUGGAUAUGAUUGAAGCCUUGACCACAGAUACAGUUGUGUCAAAAUAUGCACUGAAGUUCAAGGAUCUUGGGGUUGCCCCACAAAAGCUGAAGGGCUAUCCAGUGGAGUAUCUCAUUCAAUAUCGUAAAGGAGGCCCUCAAUACGGCUCAACAGUUAGCGAAAAGAGUCCGGUGAUGCCAAGGAUAAGAUGCAAGGAAGGGACCCACAGGGAGGCGCCUCCGUCGCCGCUCAAAGACGGCGUGAAGAUGGGUGGGACCCACACGGAGGCUCCGCCGAUGGGAGGGGUGAAGAUGGAAGGGACGAAGACGAACACGGGAGCGUCGUCGAUGAUCACAAGCGAGUCAAGGGGGUGCGUAAACAUAUACAUCAACAACAACAUUCAAGGAGUGAACCACUCCCUCUUGUUUGGGAGCCAUGUGAGGCUCAGAGAUCCCGGCAUUCGCAUUUCCAUCAAUGGCUUAACCUUCCAAACCCAGCAACCUCCAGACCAGAACAAGAUCAAGAACAAGAAGAAGAUGAUGAAGAAGAAGAUGAAGAAGAAGAAGAAAUUGAUGAGAAAAAGCUCCCUUUGGUCUACUUUGGUUUUGGUUUCUGCUUCAACUGUGAUUGCCUCUUUCUUCUCCUUGUCUCUGUUCACUUUUUACCUCUAAUCUAAAAGUCUAUUUGGUUUGGUUAUUUGUUCAAAAACCAACAGAAACACUGGUACACAUUGGAAGAACUGAAAACAAUUGGAAGAAAACCCAACACAAUAC